ACAAAAAGUGUCGUUUCCAGUCCAUCAAUGACGAUGGGUGACACGAUAUUUGAAGAAUUAGAAGAUUUGAUGCAUUUUUCUGUCGCCGAUUUGCCCACUCGUGGAUAUGCAGUGAUGGAGGAGAUCCGACGGCAAGGGAAACUGUGUGACGUUACGCUAAAAGUAGGAGAGCACAAGUUCAGUGCUCACAGAAUAGUCCUUGCUGCUUCUAUUCCAUAUUUCCAUGCCAUGUUCACCAACGACAUGGUGGAGUGCAAACAGGAUGAGAUCGUCAUGCAGGGCAUGGAUCCCAGUGCUCUUGAGGCCCUUAUAAACUUUGCCUACAACGGACACAUAGCCAUAGACCAACAGAACGUCCAGGCCCUCCUGAUAGGGGCCAGUUUCCUACAGCUUCAAAACGUCAAAGAUGCCUGCUGCUCUUUUCUACAACAGAGGUUGCAUCCCAAGAAUUGCCUUGGUGUGCGGCAGUUUGCAGAGACUAUGAUGUGUACUACGCUUUAUGAUGCAGCCAACAGCUUCGUUCACCAGCACUUUGUGGAGGUGUCUGUGUCUGAGGAGUUUCUGGCUCUUCGGCCGGAGGAGGUGCUUGAGCUGGUGAGCUGCGACGAGCUCAACGUCCAAGCAGAGGAGCAGGUGUUUGAGGCGAUGUUGGCUUGGGUGCGACACGAACGUGAUGAUCGGGAGUCACGUUUACCAGAGUUACUCUCUAAAAUCAGACUGCCUUUAUGUCGACCUCAGUUUCUGGCAGACCGAGUCCAGCAGGACGAGCUUGUACGCUGCUGCCACAAAUGCAGGGAUCUUGUCGAUGAGGCGAAAGAUUACCAUCUGAUGCCGGAGCGACGGCCGCACCUUCCAGCUUAUAAGACCCGACAGAGAUGUUGCACAUCCAUCGCUGGUUUAAUCUAUGCAGUCGGGGGUCUCAACAGUGCUGGUGACUCGUUAAAUGUCGUGGAGGUGUUUGAUCCUAUUGGAAACUGCUGGGAGCGAUGCCAGCCAAUGAGCACAGCGCGCAGUCGGGUGGGCGUCGCAGUCGUGAAUGGGCUACUUUAUGCCAUUGGUGGUUACGAUGGUCAGUCGCGGCUGAGAACAGUGGAGGUUUACAACCCAGACACUGACACGUGGACCAAAGUCGCUAGCAUGAAUACUCAACGCAGUGCAAUGGGAACUGUUGUAGUUGAUGGCCAUAUAUACGUCUGUGGUGGAUAUGAUGGCAAAUCCUCUCUGAAUUCAGUUGAGUGCUAUGCUCCAGAGACGGACAGAUGGACGAUAGUCACAGAAAUGAGCGCAAGCCGCAGUGCUGCUGGCGUCACUGUAUUUGAAGGCAGAAUAUAUGUUUCGGGUGGUCAUGAUGGUCUGCAGAUCUUCAACACGAUGGAGUACUACAACCAGCAUACAGCAUCAUGGCACCCUGUUGCUCCCAUGAUAAACAAACGCUGUCGGCACGGCGCUGCAGCUCUGGGCAGCAACCUGUAUGUAGCAGGAGGAUACGACGGCUCUGCGUUUCUCAGCGGAGCAGAAGUUUACAGCUCUGUAGCGGAUCAAUGGAGCCACCUAGUGGCCAUGAACACUCGCCGCAGUCGCAUUUCUCUAGUGGCCAACUGCGGUCGACUCUAUGCAGUGGGAGGUUAUGAUGGACAGUCCAAUCUUAGCUCUUUGGAAAUGUACGACCAGGAAACCAACCGCUGGACGUUUAUGGCACCAAUGGUUUGCCAUGAAGGUGGGGUCGGGGUAGGUUGUAUACCCUUACAGCCCGCCUAAUGCCACAAUCUCCAUCUAAAAAGCCUAAAUGGACAUUUUGAUUAUUAUAUAUUAAAGAAAAAAAUACGUUUUUGUACUGAGUGAUCCAACAAGCUGCAUUCAUGGUUCUUGGUUCACAUGUUUGCAUCAGAGGUACUAUUCAUCAGGUUUUUGUACUGAGAAAAGCCUAAAGCAGAUAUGCCAGUACACCUUUAAUGGUGACAUAGUCAUGUUUGUUUGUUUUUUAAAGACGACCAAAUGUAGAAUUCAUUCAUACAUACACGAUUGAGAAGAACCAGGACACGCUUUUGAUAAAUAAACACACUUUUGCACUGUUAAUAGAUGUGGGCCCGGUAAAGCAGUGUUUCCCAACCCUGUUCCUGGAGGCACAACAACAGUACAUAUUUUGGAUGUCUCCCUUAUCUGACACAUUACCUUCAGGUUUUGGAGUCUCUCCUAAUGUUCUGCUGAGUUGAUUAAGGUGUGUUUGAUUAGGAAGAAGCCGAAAAUGUGUGCUGUCGGUGUGCCUUUAGGAACAGGGUUGGGAAACACUGCAUUAAAGGGAUAGUUCACCCUAAAAAAUAGAAUUUGGUUGUUUAUUUAGCUUCUAUGGGUUCCAUAUAUUUUAGUUUAAUCCAAAAGUAGAUAUUUUGAAGAAUGUAGGAAACCAUUGACUACUAUAGUAUUUGUUCUCUACUAUGGAAGUUACAGGCUUCUGGUUCCUUCAAAAAAAGUGUCUGAAAACACUUUUGUGUGAGUAAAUAGUAAAUUUAAAUGGUGAACUGUCCCUUUAAAGCAGGGAUCACCAAACUUAAGGUCCGGUGUCCUGCAGAUUUUAGCUCCAACCUUAAUCAAACACACCUGAACAAGCUAAUCAAGUUACUAGGUGUACUUUAAACACCCAGGCAGGUGUGUUGAGGCAAGUUGGAGCUAAACCCUGCAGUGGACCGGACCUCCAGGAACGAGAUUGAUGACCCUUGCUUUAAAGCAUCAAAUGUUGGGGAUUAUCCAUUUUAUUCCUCUAAACUGGAAGCCAAUAGAGAUUUCUAGACAGGUGAAAGUUAACCACUGUUAACCCAUGCCAUAAUUGGGAGAGUAUAAUCAAGUAGGUAUGAUUUAAUAAGGCUAAAGCUGUUUUUAAUUCUAUUUUAUCACGUACUAAUCAUUUUAUUUGGGAUAUUGCUCAUAAUGAAUGUUGCUGUUUUGCAGAACAUUAUGAAAACCAUUGUGGGUUACCGAGCUCUUAUGUGUCUGUGCAAAACAUCUGCUAGAUGUGCCAUGAAUUUCCACUUUACACGGGACUGUACUUUGAUUUCAUCACAUUAAUGACUUGAAUUAUUUGUUGUUGAAAGAAACAGUUUAAUGUGUUGAUCUUUUGGGAUUACCAAUCACCAGCUCUGUAUACUGGAUGGAUGGGAUGUGAUGUAUCCAUCUAAUCCGAACUCUUUUCACCUUUUCUUGUUCAUUGUAUUGGCAUAAAAAGAAUUAGCACAAAUACCAAAAAGAGCGAAAGCCUUCAGGAUUAUUUACUAUAGUAUCAUCACAUUCCCUUAUAGAAGUAUGAAUGUUGGAGAUUUAAAGGGGUAGUUCACCUAAAAAUGAAAAUUUUGUCAUCCUUUAUGCACCCAUGACUCGUUCCAAACUAGUUUGAGUUGUUUUUGUUCUGUUGAACACUAAGGAAGAUAUUUAGAAGAAUGUUGGAAACCGGUAACCAUUGACUUUCAUAGCGUUUGUUUUUCCAACAUAACUAAAUGACGACAGAAUGUUUAUUAUUGGGUGAACUAUCCCUUUAAAUGAAAGUUCGCCUAUGCUUUUGUGCAAAAAUGGUCCAAAUUAUGUUUUUAACUGUAUAGACGUAUGCAUUUUCAACUGCUUGUAAUUAAAACACACACACAUCUGAAAUUAGAAUUACCGACUGUGAAUUUUUAACACGGUUUCUACUUCUCAUAUUACUAAUACUGCAUUUCUCUGCUGAUUUUAUGAUUUCUUUUGUAUUAACUUCCAAUCGUGAUGCAGUAUUUCUACUUUUAAUUUAUUAUUAGCUGUAACUUGUCCUCUUUUUAUAGCAUUGCACAUAGUUUAUAAAUCACUUAAAUGAGAAUUAAGUUUACAAUUUACAGAUAUCUAAUAUAUAUAUAUGGAUCACAUCUCUGUAUGUGUUUAAAUAUAUUCCUCGGCUACCUCCGAUUGAGUUGGGAGAGCUCAACAGGGAGAAAUAGAGUCGGAUGACCCUGUUGCCUUUUAAAACAUUUCCAUGUAACCAGAAGGAACUUCACGGCAUUAACUGAGAUCUUUUCUGUGUGGGACUCAAACAUUCUUUUUUUCACAUAAUUCCUAAAUGUCUUAAAUAAACAUUGAUUUUAUGGACACAA